AUGGCAGCCGACGACGUGCGCGAGCUCCUCGUCUCCACCACAGCCGACGCCUCUGACCCGUCCACGACCCUCUUAGCGCCCGACCUCCGCCUCCUCAUCGACCACCUACGCCUCCGCUCCGACCGCCUGCACGCCUCGGCCCUCUCCUUCGCUGCCUCUAACCGCGGGGCCCUCGCCAACGCGCUCCUCCGUGCAGCCUCCGCCGCCGAUUCCUCCACCUCCCUCGAGUCCUCCCUUGACUCCACGCUUGCCCCGCUCGCCUCCUCGCUCGACCUCUCCGACCUCAGGGCCCUUGCCGACCGCCUCCUCGCCGCCCGCCGCGAGCUCAACGAGCUCCAGGAGCACCUCGCCGCUGCCUCCACAAUUGCUUCGCUCGCCGCUCGCCUCCGCGAGGCCCGUGCCGCAGCAAGCCCCCCUUGA